AUGAAGGGCGUGCUGAAGAGGAAGGGCGGAAGUCGCGUGGGUGGCGAGGAAUCGGCGGACGUUCCGUUUCCGGGGAUUCGCCACCACGACGUGACCACGCCGCCCCUCUCCCCGCACUCCAACGGGCGGAAGAGCCACACCGGGAGCGAAGACGAGGACACCAAAGCUCAUCAUCAACAACGACAAGAUGAUGAAGAUGACGCCUUGGCCUCCGGGGGCUUCUCCCCGCCCUUCCCGGGCGUCCGCUUCCACCUCCCCUCGGCCGCCUCGCCCUCCUCCUCGCCCCACUCCUCGCCCGGCGAGGAGCGAUUUCGUCCGCUGGCGGCCCAGGCCGGCCGACCGGCCGCUGUCUUCGCGCCGGCUCGGCCUCAGCCCUACCUCCUCGCCACUCACGGUGGCGCGGCCUCCAACAUCGGGUGUCGCGAGACGAUGGAGGACGCCCAUGCCGUGCAUGAUAGGCAAGGUGCGCCGUGGCGGGAUCUGAGGAAGGGCCGGCAGGCGCCCACGCAAUUCCCCAACGAUUGCCUCUCCUUCUACGCCGUGUGCGACGGACACGCGGGCAAGACGGCGGCCAACAUCUGCGCAGAGGUCCUGCCGUUGAAGGUGGCCGGGACCACCGCCUUCGCCGAAGGCAACUUUCAAGAGGCGCUGAAGGAGGGGUUUAAGAAGGCGGAUGAGGUCAUCCUCGCCACUCCGGAUCCCGGACUGGCAGCCGCUGCGGCUGCAGAGAGAGGCGCCGCGAGUCUCGACGUCGACGCCGUUUCCGAGAGCCAAUCACCAGCCCAACCGGCGGCUGUAGUGACCUCACCGCCGGCGCGCCGGUUGAACAAAUCCAAUGGCGGCGUGGGCGAUGGACGCCUUCACAUCGGCCAGAUCAAGGAGUUGAAGAGCAUGGAGAAGGUGGGCGGUUCGUGCGUGGCGGCGUGCAUGGUGGUGGGCCACCGCCUAUUCGUCGCCAACGUGGGCGACUGCGAGGCCGUAUUGGCCCGAUGGCAGCCCGCACUCGAACAGUACCAGGGGGUGGUGUUGACGGAAAAGCAUCGGGUGAGCGAGAAGAAGGAGAGGGAGCGCAUCGACAACCUCGGCGGUACCGUCAUUUUCGGCCGUCUGUUCGGCGAUCUCUCCGUCACUCGCGCCCUCGGCGAUCGAGAAUACAAGAAACCCGUCCAAACGGAAGACUUUGUGAGCUGCGACCCUCACAUCUCGGGCAUGCGAUUGCGGCCGGACGACGAGUUCGUGGUGAUGGGCUGUGACGGCCUGUGGGACCACGUGGCCUACGACACGGCCAUCGAAAUCGUGGCUGCCCUCAAGAAGGCCGGCAAUAGCGCGGAGAUGGCGGCGGACGCCCUGGUGAGGGAAGCGCUGGAUCAGCACUCCACGGACAACAUCACCUGCGUCGUGGUCUAUCUCGACUGGCAACGAACGGAGAGACCGCCUUCGCGCAUCUACAUGCGGUCGAAUUCGACCAACUUCCACAAGCGACGAUCCACCACCGUCGGACCCAACGCUUCGCCCGGCUCCCCCGCCGCGCCCACCUCUCCAGGCUGGGUGCGUUCGCUGCCGCGCGGGCUGUCGGGGUCACCGUCUCGGAGGGAGGAGGCGCGCUCGCCGCCGGUGAAGCCGGACAAGGGCGAGGCCAGCCUGUGGCGCAACAAGUCGUCCCUCGGACUCAAGAGCGCCAUGACCGGCGGCCGGUCGCCCAACGCCACGCACCACCUGCUCGAUCUCGGGCUCGCAAAGAAGAGAGUGUCGGUGGUGGUGAACUGGUCGAGUCUGAAGGAGGAAGACCUCGAGGAGCUGGAGGACGAUGGCUGGAUCCUGGACGAUGUCGACAGCAAACAGGACCCAUCGGCCGAUGGCGAAGAGGCAGAAGCAGAAGCAGAAGCAGGCGAAGUAGAUGAACAACAACAACAACAGCAAGAAGGAGAAGAUGAAGGACCCGAACAGCAGCAAGUGGCGUCGCCCUACGUUGCACCCACCGCCGUUGCGGACAUAAAUGGGUAA